AUGAACUGGGCCUUCCUCGAGGGCCUCCUCAGUGGGGUGAACAAGUAUUCCACAGCGUUCGGUCGCAUCUGGCUCGCCAUCGUUUUCAUCUUCAGGCUCCUGGUCUUCCUGGUGGCCUGUGAGAAGGUCUGGGGUGACGAGCAGAAGGACUUUGAUUGCAACACUCGGCAGCCCGGUUGUCACAACGUCUGCUACGACCACUACUACCCCAUCUCCUACACCCGACUCUGGGCUCUCCAGCUGAUCUUUGUCACCUGCCCGUCCCUUCUUGUGGCGCUCCACGUGUCCUACCGGGAGGAACGUGAGCGCAAACAUCGGCUGAAGCACGGAGAAGAUUGCGUCCCUCUGUAUGAUAACAUGGAGAAGAAGCGAGGGGGUCUGUGGUGGACCUACUUCCUCAGCCUGCUGUUUAAGAUCAUGGUGGAUGGUGUGUUCGUCUUCCUGCUGUUCUACAUCUACGAGGCCACGUUCUUCCCACCACUGGUGAAAUGCAACAUAGAGCCAUGUCCCAAUGUGGUGGACUGCUACAUCGCCAGGCCGACAGAGAAGAAAAUAUUCACCGUCUUCAUGGUGGUGACCAGCUUUGUGUGCAUCUUCCUCACUUUCUGUGAGGUCCUCUACCUGUGUGGGAAGAGGUUCUGGGAGUGCUGCGGAGGAGGACAGAGCGCGCUGAGAGAAAACUCCUUCAUGAUGACCAGAACUGGGAGAGAGAACUCUCUGUUCAAAGAGCCGCUGCCGGAGAAGACGAAGAUGGUCGACAACGGCAAAGCAGACGCUGCAAAGGAGAGUUCAGCCCCAGCGUACAGCAUAGCAGUCUCCUGA